CUGACUGGUGACGUAGAAGGCGGGAGGGGAAAACGUGGUCGGGAUUGUGUGCGGAAAAGCAGCAUUUGUGCGGAGGAGAAAACGUUACGCCACAGCGACUGUCAAAAAUGGCCCGAGACUGGAAGCCUGGUGAUCUGAUUUUUGCCAAAAUGAAGGGCUAUCCCCACUGGCCAGCCAGAAUAGAUGAAGUCCCAGAUGGCGCUGUGAAGCCAUCCAACAUUAAGUUACCCAUUUUCUUCUUCGGCACGCAUGAAACUGCUUUUCUCGGCCCCAAAGACAUCUUCCCGUACCAACUUAACAAAGACAAGUAUGCCAAACCCAACAAGAGGAAGGGCUUCAACGAAGGACUGUGGGAGAUUGAAAACAACCCCAAAGUGGAGCUGACGGCACCCAAGCCGAUUCGUCCUGAAUCUUUGUCUGAGAAGGAUUCAGACGCUGGCCUGGAGGGGGAUGAGGAGACAGACGAUAAGGAAACAAAGUCAUCUGAGGUUCCAGGAAGGGAGGCUGAGGAGGAGGAGGGAGAAGAGGAGGAGGAGGAGGAGGAAGAAGGGCCUAUGAUCACUGAUCAGAAACAGGAUGACUCAGUCCAGACAGAGGUUUCUAAACCCAAGCGAGGACGUAAAAGAAAGAAUGAGGGUGAUCAGGAGAUUGAGACAGCCGAAGCUCCCCCGGCGAGUCCCGUCAGUCCGGCAGGUGGGGAGGCCCCCAAACGACGAGGCAGGAAGCCCAAAAGUGAAAAGUUACUCCUGCUGCAGCAUCAAGACCGACCAGCGUCAGGAAGUGAAAUAGACAUCGCUGAGUCGGAUAAAAAGAGGAAGAGAGCGGCGGAAGACAAGUCCAAGAUCUCUGAGGAGGACAAGCGAAGGAAGGACGACAUCAAGGCCAAGGACGGUGAGGGCAGAGAGCCAGAGGCCAAGAAGAAAAAGCAGUCCAAAGACGGCAACUCUUCCGGUGCCUCGGAUGACGACGAGAAAAACAAAGGCAAGAAAAAACAGAACAUCGAUGUGGACAAGGACGGACGGCGGCGCAAAGAGGAUUCAAGCAAAGACGACGGCAAGAAAAUUGACGAACGUUCCGGGGCUAAGAAAAAGGAAAUGUCCACAGAUGUCAAGCUCCAGCGACUGCACAGUGAAAUCAAGAUUUCGCUGAAGAUAGACAAUCCCGAUGUGAAGAAGUGCCUGGUUGCCCUAGAUGAGAUCAGCACCCUUCAGGUGACCACUCAGCACCUGCAGAAGCAGGGCGAACUCAUCGCCACUCUGAAGAAGAUCCGCAGAUUCAAAGCCAGCCAGGACGUGAUGGACAAAGCCACCAUGCUGUACAAUAAGUUCAAGACCAUGUUCCUGGUGGGCGAGGGCGAGUGCAUGCUCAGCAAGGUCCUCAACAGGUCCAUAGCCGAGCAGCGGCAGCACGAGGAGGCCAAGAAAGGGACGCUGAAGAAAGCGGAGCAAGCGCAAGAAAACAACGCGAGCACAGACAAGGCAGGCGAAGGAGAUCACAGCACCGAGGAAAAUAAGCAGGAGCCACGUGAAGAUACCUCCUCGGGGGAGAAUCUCAGCGCUCCCGUUGCUCCAGAGGCCUCCACCUAACAGCUCGCACUGGUCCCUCAAAGUCUUCACACUGGGAUGUGCCAUCCAGUUGCUCACCUCAACUGGUUUCCACAUUAACGAGCGUUGCAGUCAAAGUCGCUGCUUAUCGCCCUUCGGUAGUCGUCGUCGUAGAAGACAAAGCACUUUGUCUGCUUUUAGUUACCGUAGUCUUUAAAGAGGGAAGUUUGAUUUCAUCCAUUGUGUAAGUCUUUAAAAAGCUGUUUCCUCUUUUAAACGCGUGUAAAUAAGAGUUAUUUUUGUGCCUUUUAGUUUGAUACGUUUCAGCGUCAAAUAAUAAAGUAGUGCACAGUUUUA